AUGUCGUUAAAGGGGCAAGCAAGUCCCCUCUGGAGGGGCAAUCGCGCAGCGGCAAUGGUGAGACGUAUCCCACGGGGAUCUAUCGCUAGUGCGGGCAGUUGUGGCAGAAAAUCGCGGGAGCAACAGAGCAAUUCCACAAGUCCGAAUAACACCAUUAUCGAGAUUUCUAUCAUGCCCGAACUGAACUUGGAUGAAACCUUGCGUGUGCGCGACGUAUUCUCAGAGUUUGUUAAUGAUGAAUACAUCACCACGAUGUUUACCUUACGGGUGGUGCUCUCCCAGCUUGGUAUGUAUCCAUCCGAUGAGGAGCUAUCCUUCCUGCUGGGCGUUUUUGAGAAUAAAAUAAGUGUCAACAAUCUAUGUCACUAUCUGCGUUUCUACAAGCGUAAGUUUCAAAUAUUUGCGCAGCAGCGUCGUGUUGAGAACCCGGAGGGGAAUGCGCAGGACGAGAGUGAAGACACGCUACGAGCUUUUGUUUCGCUUGGAGGUGCUGAGGAUGGCACUGGCUCCGUACAACUAGAGGAUCUGCGCAAGGUGUGCCGUGAUUUUGGUCUCACUAUUGACAUCGACGCCAUGCUUGUCGAUGUUGUGGACAUUGAGUAUCAGAAGACACUUAAUUAUGCUGAGUUUUGUGAUAUGUGGCAGAGUCGACGUCGCCGACGCGAUCAGGGCUCUGUAGCAUCGGUACAGGAUAGUCAAAUCGACAUUCUCAGUGCUCUGCGUGCACUUGGCAUGGAUUGCUCCUCGGCACUACUUCUUAGCAACAAGAGCCCUGAAUGCAGUGCUACCGUGGCGAAGGAUGAAAUGGGGGUGGAGGGCUACAAAUUCCCAUUAAACGCAGACCCCGGAUCUUCUUUUCAGCAGCAGCAGAGUAAUAACAUUACAGUUCUGCGGUCGGAGGCCCAAAAUCUACAGGCUCUUAAGCGGUUUCUUCUUCCGGAGGUUGCUGGCGGUUCCAUGGCGCAAGAUACAACGGCGUUGGUGAAGCGCAAAGCAGUGCGCCACCAUUCCACACUGCCGGCACUCCAUGUCGCGGCGUUGGCGGAAAAUGACCGAAAGCGUGGUUACUAUCCUCCUCGCGAAGAAGGCACUAAUGCUGCCACUGGUGGUGGUGGUGGUAAAGAUGAUGGGGGGCUGCCUACAAUAACAGGGGGGACAGGAGGCGGCUAUCGUGCCCCAAGCCCGAUGAUUUUAUCACUGCGCAACAGUGCCGCCUACAAGAAACGAUUGCAGGCAUUCGUGCAGAGGUCAAAAAUGAGGUCGAGGGGUCGUGUCUCAAGUGUGCAGACACGCCUUACAUCCAUCCCACCUGAAGAUGAUGGCCGAAGCUAG